CAUCGGCGGAAAGGACCCUUCGCGAGUGUCAUGAAGCGGCUUGGCUUGGGAAAGAACAACCAGCAGGAGAAGCAGGACAAGAACAGUAAAAAGGCCCACGGCAGCUCACAGAAGCACAAGAAAAACAACACUUGCGCGGGGAAAAACAACCCAUAUCCACUGUCCGGCCAUCUGCGACAGCCUCAGCACGACAGCCAGCCCUCAUUUGGUGCGUCAGCGCGCGAGCCAUAUGAGAACAACUCGUCGUACGCCUCCUUGCCAACAGCCUCUGUGCACGAUCGUGAGCGCCACAGUCACAGCAACAAGAGCGGAGCGCCUACUCUGGCAACAAAUCCCGAGACCGUGCACAGCGAUGCCGGCCAUAGUCGAGCUGUCACCACAUCAACUGGCGCGGGCGCCCUCAGUAGCAUCGAUGGUGCCGGAGCCAACAGCACAUUCAGCUCGCCCAAUCACAGCGACCAUUCCUUGGCCACCACUCUGACCACCAUUCAAUCAAUGUCCAAUGGCCCCAACCCUGCGAAUGGCGUGUCUGGUCAGCAUCACAAUCAGCAGAGUCAGCCCAAUGGCACCAUGUUCAGCCAUCAGUACCCAGUCUCUCCAGCACCUUCGGCAAUGACUGCCUCGGCUAUUCCGCGUCAUCUCCAUAACGAUACCAAUGCGCCAGUCACAUACAACUCGGCGACCGCCAACAACCUGUUGACCGAUAAUGCGAGUAUCCUCACCCUCGCCUCUUCGUCCAAGCGGCGCAGAAGAAGCAUGGACACAGACGCUUCUGUCCGAGCCAUUGCACCUGGCUCGCUCUUCGGAGGCAGUCGCGAGUCUCUGCCAUUGAGCGUACUUAGCGGAGGCGUUGAUGGCACUCGCCAGUCCAUCGGUGGCAUGCCGGGAACCGCGUCUGCUGAACGUGCCAGUGUCUACUCUUCCUCUGGCCUUGCUCGCGAGAUUGCAGGCCCUGCUCUGGCCUCCGAGCGCAACUCGUCCUACUCAAAAGCUGCCGAUGCCAAAUCUCUGCGCUCU